UAGGACAAUGCUGAUGUUUAGCGUUUUCGUUUUUGUAUCCCUUUGCGGAACUGGAAAUGUUAUCUAUUUGAGACAAAAACUUGUGCACUUCCGCUUCCUAUGUCAACUUGAAGGUAUGAACGGCAAGUAUGUAGCAUACAUAUGAGUAAUAAAAAAGCUUUCUAUAUUUCCAUUUAUGCAUCAAAGAAUUGUACUUACCACCAAACACCCGCGAAAAUAUGCACUAGCGUGAAUAAACUAUUUAGUUGACGAAAUUCAGAUACUGAAAAUUACAAUCAAACGCGCAACUUUUAUCAGACGGGAAGAAAAAGAGGUUAUGUCCUGUAUUUUUCUACUGCCAAUUUUUUGAUAUUACAAAAGUGCCACCUCGAAAUAUUUCAGGCUAAAUUCAUACCUUAAUAUCAAUUUAACACAUUUUAUCACUUUUUAUUGAACAAUUUUCACUUUAAAUCACACUUUUUGCACCAAAUAAAUUAAUUGAGCGCGCACUUGAAGUGAACAGAAAAUUUGCAAACGGUACUUUUAUGCAAAUGUGUACAGGGUGCCUACGAUUUUCUAAUAAUGAAGGCUAUCAAACGUGCUAAAUCUUUUGUUUCUAUUUAUUCAAUAAAUUAUACAACGGAAACGAAUUACACAGGGUUUUUGCUGGAGAACUGGCUAUCAAUGAGAGGAUUUAAGAUAUUUAUGUGCCAAUUAUUUGCAGUAAACUUUAAAGAUUUUUCUAUUUUUUUAUUAUAAUGCACCCUGCGCCACAAACAUAUGGCAACGCUUCAGCCGGCUGAUUUGUUUUGACACACACAGGAAAACAUCUGAUUUUUGCAGCGAGGUGCUUUAACUCCAAAAUUGUUAAUUUUCCAAUUUUAUAAAUAAAUGAAUGCAGAUAAAAGUGCAAUAAAUCCUUCGAUUAAAAAAAUGGAAGACCCUUUGCGGCCGAAAGCGGUGCCACUUGCCGCUGAAACGGUGCUUUGGUUUGAAUUUCUGCUCGACCCACAUUUAAUUACCAAACAUUUGCAGAAACCUAAUCCAGAUCCCAGCCCUUUGGAGCUAAUGUCUCAAUUCAUAUCUGUUACACCGGAUGUUAUAAUGCCGCCGCAGUAUGAUCUGACUUCGCCAGAGGCUGAAAAUGUACCAGGCGGUAUACCAGUGACACCGGGCGCAGGCGUAACUGGUACUGUCAUAAUGAGCAACAUAGAUGGACUGCGUAUACCGCGAAAGCAAAUUGCUUUAAAAAUAUUAACGCUCAAAGUGGCGACAUGGUUGAAAUGGAACUUGGAUGUCCUGGAAAAGAGUCUUCCCAUUCCAAAGCAGCUCUUUCUGUUGCGCGAUUUAUGUACAGUAUGUUUUGGCAAAUUGGUACCAAUACCUUUACAGCAGGAUUUUCAGCAAAAAGUUUCGCCGGAUGGCCAUGAGCAUGCAGCCCGUUUUGCAUUAACCUUUUAUCAUCGAUGGGUGCUACGCUUGCAAAUACUGAAAGAUAUUGCCAUGAAAGCUGCACGACCGUCCAUGGCUAAUAUGUUCGUACCAAUGGAGCCUAUGCAUCAAUUCUUUGCUCCCGAAAUACCUCCACAAAAUAGCGUUGAAUAUCUACAGGAGCUAUGUAAAUCAACAGAACCUUUUUAUGUCUUCACCUAUGACACAUUUGUAACACUUCACGCCGAUAACGAAACAAUGCGUCAAAAUUUCGAACAAAUGCAAAAAAUAUCCCUUGCCGAGUUGCGUGCACAAAUCUAUUUCGAUUUAGUUAACUUUUACUUGUAUACCAAACAAUAUGUCCUGGCGCGAGAAGCUGUUAAUGAAUGCCGACGUAAUUUAAGAGAAAUGAAGGCAGACUACCGAGCUGAAUCGACUAAUCACACUGCAUCUGGCUAUCUAUUUUGCCACGUUAACGAUGAUGAACUGGAGGGUUAUCUCCUGGCUUGUGGUUGCAGUGAACAGCGUACGACUUUGACGGAGCGAUUUAAUGCAUCGUCGUUAAAGCAGUAUAAGGACAUUAUUGAAAUAUUACGAGAGGAUAAUCAUGUGCGUGAAAUCCCGCUUGUAAAUCGGCGUAUACUCGAGCUUGAUAUUGAGGGCGUCAUUUCGCAGGGUACGCUGAAGGAACCCCGCACGUUAGAAAUGCAAGUAGCCGCGCUGAAUGUGGUGCGCAGUAUUUUUGAGGAGGGAAACAUUUUUGCCAGCGUUGAUUACUUUGAAAAAUACAGACAUAUGAAUUGCUUUGUCGCAAUAAUAGAUGCCAUCAGUAAUGUGUUGCCGCAUUGUACACUUAGCGAACGCAAUAUCGUCAAACAUUUUCUUAUAGACUGCAUUUUGAAGCAAAAUAAUGGAAAACAGUUUCUACAAAAUGUACAAUACAUACAAUUCUUCACACCCGCUGAAUUGCGAGAUUUGGAGCGACAAACUGCAGAAGAGGAAAUUAUUGUGCCAACACUAGCAACGUUGGGUGAAUGGAAGUUCAGUUCGAAGAUUAUGCGCAUUGAGGUUGGCUCACUUGAACGUCAACUUAUCUCCUGCACAAAUGCAAAUACGGUCCGCAAACUGCUGGUAAAAUUGGCGGCCACCAAUCCAACUAAACCUUUAUGGACCGUCAAUCCAAGCUGGGAGAUAGCAACGCCAAUAAAGUCACUGCUUAUGUCUAUGCAACGCGGCUUUCUGCAAGAUUUUGCUUAUGUUUUGUUGGGAAAAGCGCGUGAAAUGACGGCGAAGAGUGACUAUAUUGGCGCCGUGUCAAUGCUAAGCGUGCUAAAAUCGGAAACACAGCGACAAGAGCUUUCAAACACCACCAUCGUUUCGAAACUCGGCAAACUGGUAAAUUGGGAAAUUUUGCUUAUCCAAAUCACACAGUGUUUAGAGGAAUGGAACCGCAAAACUUUAGAUCUGCAGUCACUAGGCAAUCGCUGCAAGCAAUGUUUAGCGUCGUUACAAACCAAUGACAAUAUUAUACCGCGCAUUGAGAUCAUCGAAAGUUGCGCCAUAAUGCUACUUAAUCUAGGCGAUUGGAAUGCGCUCAUGUUCUUGGAUAAGCGCCUGCCGCAGCUCGAAUUACCCAUCGCCUUUGCAGCUACUGUACUUGAUAUGGAGAAAAUGAAGGGUUCUAAAAAGGUUACGCGAGAUGCCUUCGAUUUGGUAUUGCAAAUGUUUGUGAAUACUACGAAGCGUAGCGGUGGUCCUGGUGGUAGUGGUGGUGGUGGUAGUGGUGGCAGUUCACGGAAUUCUCCCUCACUAGUUGUUUCCACUGGCCUUCAGCCGUUUCUGAAACGCAUACGCCAUCAACUGGUUUUCUCCUUGGCCAUAUCUUGCCUUGGAAAAAUACAAAACAUACUCAGAGAUGAUACAAAUCACGAUCUCAGUGGUGAAUAUAUGCAUUUGUGGCCAGCUGGUAUACCAAGCCCAAUGGCCUAUAGCGUGCGUAUAGUUUGCGAAACAUUGCAUUGGUUGCUGACAGAAGCGCUUAAAUACUAUCCACAAACUAUUACAUGGCUGAAAAUGAAAGGGGAUCUGGAAUUAGCAAUUGGCAAUAAUGAAGCUGCUAUGCGUUGUUAUGUCAAUGCGCUCAUCACCGGCACUGAUUACUGCACUUUCCCGCUGCAACGUAAUGUAGCUGAUGACUAUGUAAUUCACAAAAUGAUACGUUGCUCCUCAAACCUGGGCUGUCAUAUGCAAGCCACCGUUCUGUGUCAGUUUUUAGAAGAAAUCGACUAUGGUAUCGUGUUUAAGAAACUCACUGAGAAAUCUUCUAACUUCACCGAUGCAAUGGACGCAUACUAUAACUGCAUUUGGGAUACAACAUUGCUGGAAUUCAUAAUUAAUUUGCACGCAAGAAAGGGAGAGCAUAGCAGAAAAUUAGAAGCGAUCGCAAUUAUGGGCUCCUUGGAAUUGAAUGCGAAUAAUAACGAUGAAAUCAAGCGUGAAGCAGCAGCUAUACGAAAAACAAGAUUUCUGCGCGCAUUAGCGAAGCAGUAUUUGUUGUAGAUGAAAUGCGUAUUACAGUUAUCCGAACCUUUUAUAUAAUUUAUUUUUAAUUCGAUUAUGCGCAAUCAUAUUAUAAAAUUGAACAGAUCUUAGUUAUGUAUAUAGCAGUACUUAUGUGUAGUUGUAAGCUAUUUUCUAUGAUUAUGCGAAGUAUCUAGACUUAAACUUAAUUGUAAAGUAUUAUAGUAUUCUCCCAACAGACAAAAUAAAAUUUUUUAAACCAUU